AUGAAAUCAUCCCUCACAGUUCACCAUGAAUCAUACAAACUCCAUCUUACUACCUACAGAGACGCCCUCACUGCCGCAAAAUCUGCUUACCUCUCCACCAUCUUUACCGACCCCUCCCGUAACCCCAGGACCCUCUUCUCCACCGUCAACAAGCUCCUCAAACCCCGAACCGUUCCCUCUGCCUUCAAAACUGCUGCUGUCACUCCCAUCCUCAAGAAACCCGGUCUGGAUCCCUCCUCCCUCAAAACGGCACUCAUCAAAGUCCUCAAUGACCUCCUCACCUCUGCUGACACCGGUUCCCUUAACAUCCUCAUCCUCCUCGACCUGAGUGUAGCCUUCGAAACCAUUCUCCGCCACUACAACCUGGACUUUCACUGUUACGCUGACGACACACAGAUUUACCUCAGCACCAAAUCCCCCCACAACCCCCCCCUCACCCACAUCGAAUCCUGUCUGACUGCAAUAAAAUCCUGGAUGGCACACAACCUCCUCAAACUCAACAGCAAUAAAACUGAACUCCUCCUCAUCGGCUCCAAAUCCACCCUCAGCAAAACCCCCAACCUGACACUCACCAUCGAUGGCACCCCUGCUUCCCCCUCCACCCAGGCACGCAACCUUGGCGUUAUAUUUGAACCCACCCUCUCCCUCGAGCCCCACAUCCGCCAAGUUAUCCACCUCAGCCAGUUUGCUUUCCAUCCCCAAGGCCAAACUCCGGAGCUUUGGAGACAGAGCAUUCUCUGUGGCAGCCCCGAAGCUCUGGAAGAGUCCCUCACCCUGUUCCAGUCCCGCCUCAAAACCCAUCUCUUCAAGUCCCGCCGACACCUUUUCCACCUGGGGUCCUGCCAACACCGUGUCCUGUUUCGUCGGGGGUCCCGUCGACACCAGUGCUUGUUCCGUCUGGGGUCCUGUCUACACCUGUCCCGGCGGCUCCGGUUCCUGUCCGGCCGACACCGGUUCCUGUCCUGCCGGGGGUCCCACCAGCUCCUACUCCCGAUGCAGUACUCCUGCUCCGGCGAUCCUGCUGGCACUGGAGGGGUCCCAUCGUGGCGUACGUCAUCCUCCGGAGCUGUCCUGCCCGUCCUCCGGAGCUGUCCCGUCGCCACCUUCCUUCCCGUCCCCCGGAGCUGUCCCGUCGCCGCCUUCUUGCCCGGCCCCCUGAGAUUCUCCGCCGCAGCCUUCGCCCCUGUCUCCGACCCCCUGACUUUCCCAGCCGCUGCAUUUGCCCUCGUGCCCGGCCCCCUGAGUUUCCCUGCCGUGGACUUUGCCGCCCUUCUGCCGUGUCCCCGGGCCGUCCACCCUGUUGCCCUUGUUGUUGAGAUGAUUCCUCUCCUCCUGCUCUGCUCGCUCAGUCUCGCUCAAGAGCCUGAUGAGGUCAGACUGGUGGGAGGAGAGAGUCGCUGUGCAGGAGACCUGGAGGUGGAACAUCAGGGAGAAUGGAGACCAGUGGGGGGCUCUAACUCUCUCAGGACCCUGAAGACAGCAGGUGUUCUCUGCAGAGAUCUGGGCUGUGGCUCUGCUGUUUCUGUGGGAGAGAGAAAGGAGUCCUCACAGAGAUCUGUGUGGUGGAUCCUGUCUGAAUGUGUUCAGUCUGGAUCUGAUCUGAGGGAAUGUGCAGUAUCAAGUUCCUCUAACGACAUCCUGACUCUUGCCUGUUCAGACUCUGUCAGGCUGGUGAAUGGGACCAGUCUGUGCUCAGGUAGACUGGAGGUGAACUCUGACCCGUCCUGGUCCUCAGUGUGUGAGGCUGACUUUGACCAGCAGGAUGCUCAGGUGGUCUGCAGGCAGCUGGGCUGUGGGGCUCCUUCAGUCCUUCAGGGGGCGCUCUAUGGAGAAGGGGAGGCUCCAAUGUGGACCAAAGAGUUCCAGUGUGGAGGCCAUGAGUCUGCUCUCCUGGACUGUAGCUCAGCCUCAGAGAGAAACACCUGCUCACCUGGCACAGCUGUUAGCCUCACCUGCUCAGAGCCGGUCAGACUGGUGGGAGGAGAGAGUCACUGUACAGGAGCUCUGGAGCUGAAGCUUCAGGGAGAAUGGAGACCAGUGGAUGGUAUUCCUACCUGGACCCUGGAGGCAGCAGGUGUUCUCUGCAGAGAGCUCGACUGUGGCUCUGCUGUUUCUGUGGGAGAGAGAGAGGAGUCCUCAGAGAGCUCUGCGUGGAGGAUCAGACCUGAAUGUGUUCAGUCUGGAUCUGCUCUGAGGGAGUGUGCAACAGCAAGUUACUCUUCCUACUUCCUGACUCUUACCUGUUCAGAGCCGGUCAGACUGGUGGGAGGAGAGAGUCGCUGUGCAGGAGACCUGGAGGUGAAACAUCAGGGAGAAUGGAGACCAGUGGGGGGCUAUUCCUCUCUCUGGACCCUGAAGGCAGCAGGUGUUCUCUGCAGAUAUCUCGACUGUGGCUCUGCUGUUUCUGUGGGAUGGAGAGAGGAGUCCUCAUUUAGACCUUUGUGGUGGAUCAGUCCUGCCUGUGCUCAGUCUGGAUCUGCUCUGAGGCAGUGUGCAUUAUCAGGUUCCUCUUCCCACUUUCUGACUCUCACCUGUUCAGACUCUGUCAGGCUGCUGGGGGGGACCAGUCCGUGCUCAGGUAGACUGGAGGUGAAGUCUAACCAGUCUAACCAGUCUAACCCAUGGUCCUCAGUGUGUGAGGCUGACUUUGACCAGCAGGAUGCUCAGGUGGUCUGCAGGCAGCUGGGCUGUGGGGCUCCUUCAGUCCUCCAGGGGGCGCUCUAUGGAGAAGGGGAGGCUCCAAUGUGGACCAAAGAGUUCCAGUGUGGAGGCCAUGAGUCUGCUCUCCUGGACUGUAGCUCAGCCUCAGAGAGAAACACC